AUGCUUUGUGAUUAUGCAGAGCUCGAGUUUCCACUGGAUGUCAAUAUAGACCCUUAUCUAAGUACAAUCCAUGGCUGCAAUGGGAUCGUGUGCAUUAUUUCCUAUGAUUGGGCCAGUCAACAGGAGAUACAGGACAUCUAUCUCUGGAAUCCAUCAAUUCAUAAGGUGAUUUCCCUUCCCCCUGUCAUCGAUGCUUGUAUGUGUAACAUUGGGUUCGGCUUCGAUUCCGAGACUGAGGACUACAAGGUUGUCAGGAUUGAAUAUUUCAACGGACCUAAUUUUGAUCAAAAUCCUCCCGAGGUUGAGAUUUUCAAUCUGAGCACAGGCACAUGGCAGAACAUCAGCCAUUUGAAUCUUCCAUAUACCAUUUGCAAGGAUGCUGCCCAGGCUUAUGUGAAAGGGGCUACACAUUGGCUUGCCAGGGAUAUGAGAAGUACUAGGAGUAGGAGCAAUCUGUUCGUCUUGAUCGUGUCAUUCCACUUGGUUGAUGAGGUAUUUGGCGAGAUCAUGCUGCCCAAUAGUGAUGACUGGUUGAAUAAUGCUCGUGGUGCCAAUUUUCAAGAAUCACUCUCUAAUUUGUGUCGAUGUUGGUAUCGGAGGAUGUUGGUAUUGGAGGCACUAGGGGUAGCAAUUCAUAUUCGCGGGUCGUAA